CACGUCAUUAUCUAGGACUAGAGACUUAGGAAGGAACUCAGCUUAGUGGCAACCACUCCAUUGAACCCUAACUUCACCAGGCAAUAUUCUCACUCGCUCGCCGCGCGUCAUGCCUACAAACGGAAGCGCGUGUGCUUGGGUUGAUGCUCACGGGAAUCUAGACAAACAGGCCUCGAGAAUAACUGACGUCCGCGACAGCAGCAACUGUGCUCGGUCUUGUUGCGAAUCCAACUGUAGCGAGGAUAGCAACCGCGCCGUUCAGUCAGGUGGUUGUAUAUCCGUCAAUGACGGUUGCAUGACGUCAGAGAAUGGCUGCAACCCACUCCCCUCUGUUACCACCUCCACAAGCAGUGUUACCACUAGCGUUACCAUCACUGGCAGCGACAACAGAGAUGGCAGCAGUAGCGGCAGCAGCGCGCCGAGCGUGCGCAUCAGCGGAAGCGGCGCAGUGGUGAGGGCGCGGGGAAGCGCAGGCGGAAGGCUGCUGUGCGGGGAGUGCGGGGAGAAGCGCGCCAUGGUGAAACGACCCAAGACCGGGCAGCAGGUGUGCAAGGACUGCUUCUUCCUGCUAUUCGAGUCUGAGAUCCAUCGCACCAUCGUGGAAAACAAGCUCUUUAAACGAGGGGAGAAGGUGGCCGUGGCUGCGUCAGGGGGCAAGGACUCCACCGUUCUCGCCCACAUCAUGUCUCUCCUCAACGCCCGCCACGACUACGGCCUUCAGCUCUUCCUCCUGUCGAUUGACGAGGGCAUCACGGGCUAUAGGGACGACUCGCUGGAGACAGUCAAGCGCAACGAGAAGCAGGUGUGGGGGGGUUGGGGAGGGGGGGGGAAGAGGAGGUGGGGGGGGAGGAGGAGGUGGGGGGGAGGAGGAGGUGGGGGGGAGGAGGAGGUGGGGGGGAGGAGGAGGUGGGGGGGGAGGAGGAGGUGGGGGGGGAGGAGGAGGUGGGGGGAGAGGAGGAGGUGGGGGGAGAGGAGGAGGGGGGGGGGAGGAGGAGGGGGGGAGGAGGAGGAGGGGGGGGGGAGGAGGAGGGGGGGGUAUGGCAUACCACUGACCAUCCUUUCCUAUAAGGACCUCUACGGGUGGACCAUGGACGAGAUAGUUGCUUCCAUUGGCCGAAAGAACAACUGCACCUUCUGCGGCGUAUUCAGGAGGCAGGCUCUAGACAGGGGCGCAGCUCUCCUCUCGGCAGACAAGCUUGUGACAGGCCACAACGCCGAUGAUUUUGCUGAGACUGUCUUGCUGAAUCUGCUGCGGGGGGACGUGGCGCGGCUCAGCCGCUGCCCCGCCAUCACCACUGGGGAGGACUCGGCACUGCCCAGAAGCAAGCCGUUCAAAUACACCUACGAGAAAGAGAUUGUCAUAUAUCCGCCCCACAGUUCUCAAAACCCCCUCACUGCUUCACUCCACACUACCCGGAAGCAAGCCAUUCAUAUGCACCUACGAGAAAGAGAUCGUCAUAUAUCCACCCCAGAUCUCAAAUCCUCGGACUGCCUGGCCUACUCAACUCUUAUGCGUAUUUGCUUGAGGCUUCUUAAAGGGUGUGCUUUGUUCUUACUUUGUUUGUUCAUCCAGCAAGUGCGUAGAGUACUCCCUUUAUCCGAGUUUCCUUUUGACGCAGAGUUCCUUAACUCCUCUCCUCCUGUCUGCUCCACUCCUGCCCUCCCUUCCCCCCUCCUCCCCUCUCCUCUCCUUCUUUUCUCCUCCUUCACUUUUCACGCUCUCUUCAAUGCUUCUUUUGCCGCUUUUUGAGUCGACUCGAAAAUCGACUCAUUACACACAAUGCUUCUUUUGCCGCCUCCUUUCCUCUCCACUUGACCCCUCUCCCUAUGCGGCGCUCUCCCUCCCUUCCCCCCUCCCCCCUGCUCUACCACCUGUUGCAUCUGUGCAUCACGCCUUCACACCCUUGCACCUGUUUGAUUGGAACAUCAAUGUGCAAUCAGCACGUACGCGCAUUUCAAGAAGCUGGAUUACUUUUCCACUGAAUGCAUUUACUCUCCAGACGCCUACCGUGGCUUUGCAAGAGAAUUCAUAAAAGAUCUAGAGGCCAUACGGCCUCGAGCCAUCCUAGACAUUAUCACAUCAGCAGAGCAGUUCAGAUUCCAGGCUGAUGUCAAGAUGCCAACUCAGCGUACAUGUGACCGGUGCGGUUACAUCUCCAGCCAGGAGCUGUGCAAAGCGUGUGUGUUACUGGAGGGUUUGAACCGCGGCUUGCCUCGGCUCGGAGUGGCUCGCACUCGCAGGAAGGACGGGCAAUAUGCCUCUCCAGCUGUUACCGACGGUGCUGCAGCUGCAGCUCUGCCUGCUAACGCCAAGCAUGCCGUUGUUGCUCCUCCUCCUGGUGCUGCUGGUGCGCCUCUUGCUGCUGUUGUCGAUUCCUCUUCAGCAGCUGUUGAUGCUCCUGCUGCAACUGCUGUUUAGGUUGCAACUGCUGACUGCCUGCUCUUGUGACUCUCUGUCGUGAGAAGAGAAUAAGAGAGGGUUAGAGAGAGGAGAGUACAGGGUUCAAGUAUUGGGGCUGUCCCCUCUGUCAAACAUAUGCAUAACUCAUGUUUGUAUAGACUGUAUAGGGUCGACUCUUAGAGGGUACAACAUCUUAGGUAUAU